UUAGAAGAAGCGACAAGGUGCCACCAGGUGUACUGGUGUAGUGCCACACUGCCACUUCCUUAUUAAUACUUAAAAACAUAAAGGUUACGAUCUCCAAAUGACUGUAAUAUAGUAUACCGCACCACGGCAAAUUGGUUCAUAUAUACUCGUAUAUGGCACGUGACUUUCUGCUGCUACCGUCAUCCAGAUACGGACAUGGAAGUUUUAAGUAAUUACGCAGCGCCCGAUAUCUUUGUGCCCUGUGAACUUGGAGUCGGCAUAUACAGUAUAACUAUACGGACUAAUUUACUUACACUGUCACACAUAUUAUUUUUUUGAACUUUUCGGGUGAAGCGGCAACUUUCAGGAUUCAAAAGCGAGUUCAAAUGUAAUUUUAUGCAUUUUAUGGAUUCGUACGUUUAUUUUGUGACACACGUGCAGCUAUUAAUUUUAUGGUCGGGGGUAUUUACGGGUUUCACAUCUCUCACGAUCACUGACGAAAACACAGUGGUCACUCAGAAAAAUGUGGUUUUCGUGUCACUGCAUUCGUAUUCGACUUUGGCGUAUAGUCUAGAUUAUGUUGGUCCUGCUAUUGAUUUAGCUAUAAAAGAAGUUAGUGCUAUGUAUGGACCGUAUUUAAAUUUUUCGUUGAUCACCCUGAAUAAUACGAAGUUACGGACCUGUCCAGAUGUGGAAACCGAAACCCAGUCUUUUCUGGCUAGUUAUUAUUGGACAAAACGGAAGUCUGUGGAUUUAAUGGCUGUUAUCGCGCCAGGUUGCAGCAGCUCGGUGGUUCUUUUGGGAGAUCUUGCCCGAGAGUGGAAUUUGCCAAUUAUUACCGCGGCGGGGACGGAUGCGGUAUUAGAUUCACGAAAACGCUUUCCAACUCUGUUGCGGUUGCUUCCUUAUCAACAAGGGCCUUUAGAAUUGUUCACGGUGCGGUUAUUGGCGCACUUUAACUGGACAGAUGUGGCAAUUCUCUGUGAUGACAAAGCCGUGGAAAGUAACUUUUAUGCACUAAUUUGCAAUACUCUCACGGAAAUGUUACCGUUUGAGCCGACCAUCAAGUCAGUUCUUCCCUUUCAUUACAACUUCCGUCUGGGACGUCAGUCACACCGACAUUUUUUACUAGAAGCAUCGCGUGCCAGCCGCGUUUUCAUCGUAAUCACGCAAGCCCUUCGUUUGCGGGAAUUUCUGAUGGAAGCGGCUACUUUAGGAAUGGUCGAUGGAGAAUAUGUGUUUUUGGCAUACGAGCCCUUUCCAUCACCUGCUUUCGGCACUCUAUCUUGGAAAAGUAAUGUCUCCACUGAGGAUCAGAUGUUAGCCAAGCGGGCUUUCGAGAACCUGCUAGUAAUUAGCACUCUUCUCGAGCAUGCGGAUGAGGAGGAUGACUUGGACUCGAUUAUGAUUGCGCAAUCAGCAACGAUGUACAAAAAAAUUUAUGAAAAGGGAGAAACGGUGUCACCUUUUGUGCACGGCUAUUAUCAAGGGGUAAUGAUUGUAGCCGAAAUAUUUCACGAGCGUAACAAUAAUUCUUUCAACCGCAAAUUGGAUGUUUCUCGUAAUCCGUCAUCUGGAGCUUGGAAUCGCACAUUUUCAACUCCCAUAGGAAAUGUUCUACUGAAUUCGAACGGUGACAAAGACAACGAUUAUGUGGUUAGAGUGUUGUACGAUGUCGAACGGGAUAUUUUCGAAGCUGCAAUGAUCUGGAGCAAGAGCGAAAGUCAGUUCGUUUUCUGUAACACCGAACAAACACUGUGGAACAACUCGAGAGCAGUCCCGGCUAACCGACCGCGCUGUGGAUUUUCUAACCACGAAUGUCAAAGGGGUGAGCUGCUUUCUGUGAGGGAUUUGGUAUUGAUCAGCUUGGGAACGGUAACUGCGGUCAUGGGAUGCCUAUCUUUGGCUGCCGUAUGGGUCAGUCGCUACUAUUUCCUUACCAAAUUGAAAAGUGAAACCAAUUGGCUGAUAGAAAGCAAUGAAUUGAAGCCCUUGGUGGUUGCAUCAAAUCCCGUUUCGACCAGCCACAGUUCAUCAAAAGCAAAUUCACUUAAGCAGCAGCGUCGUGGAAUUCAGGGAAGCUCCGCAAAAUCAUUACAUACGACUACGACGCGCGGAUCGUUAAAGACCAGUGGUGCGAUAUCGCGAAUUAAGGAUUAUCGGGGAGUGCCAGUGUGGAUCUCUGUUCACAAAGAUGUGCCGGGUCAUAAAUUAUUGACCAGCUCCACGGUUAUUGCAAUCAAUUUACGCAGAUCAUUACGCCAUGCUAAUAUUGCUCAUCUGAUUGGCCUGUGCUUCGGAGUAGACCACAUCACAGUGGUCACAGAUUACUUUCGCAAAGGCUCCCUGGAUCAGCUGCUAUCUACCGGAGAAUCAUGGAUAGAUGCGGCCUUUCAGUAUUCCCUUUUGGCCGAUAUCGCUAGCGGAAUGCAUUACAUUCACCACUCGGUCGUCAAAGUGCACGGUGCCCUGAAAUGCUCCAACUGUAUGAUUACUGGACAAUUGGGCACCAAGCUCACGGACUUCGGCUUGCCAUUCCUGAAUAAGGACAGAAUCCGGAAAGCUUUAAUGAAUGAGGACUACGACUGUCUCGUGUGGACAGCACCGGAAGUGCUCCGUGACCCACGGCAUAUAAUUAGCAAAGAGAGCGAUGUUUACAGUUUUGGCAUAAUAAUGCAUGAGACUCUGUUCAACGCCGACCCAUAUCAGUCACCGGGAAGCAGAGAUACCGGCACGAGCAAACAACGAAAAGAACUAAUUCUUUCGCUUCUGUCGCCCCAACACGGUACCAUUCGCCCGCCUUAUCAACCAGUGAACCAUCCCAUCGAAGUGACGCUGUUAAUGGAAGCAUGUUGGCAAGCGGACCCAUCAAAGCGUCCAACAUUCCUUGCCGCUUUGAAUGCAAUCCAAAAUCAGACGGCGAUGUACAAAGGCUACUCGUAUGUGGACAUGGUCAUACGUCGGCUGGAAAAGUACGCCGAAGAUUUGGAAUCUCAGAUUAGUGAACGUACCGCAGUUCUCCUGGAAGAAAAGCGUCGUACAGAAGCAUUGCUCAUGGAUAUACUACCCGAAAGCAUCGCGAAAGACUUACUUGCUGGACGACCAGUAGAUGCCGAAAUGUUCACAAACACGACUGUAGCCUUUACAGAAGUCUGGGGAUUUGCUGUAAUUACGUCUCUUCAAACGCCCCUACAAAUAGUCGAUUUGUUGAAUGACCUUUAUUCCACUCUGGAUGACCUCCUAGCAAAAUACGAUGUGUACAAAGUCGAGACGAUCAAAGACAGCUACAUGCUGGCUAGUGGAGUUCCGAAACGCAAUGGUCAAGAGCACGCGACACAGGUUGGCUUAGCCUGUUGUGGAAUUAUGCGGAUGGUCCGAAGAGCUACCUUUGGUGGGAUCAGUGUUAACCUUCGCGAAGGAAUUCAUUCCGGUCCUUUGGCUGGUGGAAUAAUUGGCCAACGUCUUCCUAGAUAUUGCCUAUUUGGGGAUACCGUCAACAUUGCAUCACGGAUGAUGACGACCAGCGAACCCCAAAAAAUUCAUAUCAGUCCAACAGCAGUGGCAAUGCUGGCACAUUCUCCGCUGUUUGAAAUUAUUCCCAGAGGUUCCGUAGAGAUCAAGGGCAAAGGAAAUAUGGAAACCUACUGGCUUGAAGCUAAACUGCGCCAAAGUUACGAUCCUGUUCCUGUUAACAGAACAGUGGCAAAUGGCCGACUUGUUUCUCUGCCAUAAAUGAAGCUGAAGCAUCAAAGUCAGAAUUCUCAGAAACUUAUCUAAAAUAUGUAUCGGUACGCAGAACUUCUUCCAGAAAUCUCUACAAAUCAACAUUGACUGUUUUCUGAAUAAGGAAAGCAUACAAAAGCGUGGCUGUUCGCCAUGAGCAACCAGUGUGCAUGAAGUGUAUUGUACACUGCCAUUACAUGUACUCUGUACGUGAAAAUGUUUGUAAAAAGAGACUUAAUUGUGUUCACUAUAACUGCACAUAUCUGUAUACGUAUUUACCUUUCAGAUCUUUCGUAAUAACUGUAUGAGUAGUUCUAGACUAAUAUUUGGCUGAGUAGUUCUAGUAUGACUAUUCGGCUGUCCGUACGCUCAUCGUACCUGUACUUUCCCGAAAUGAUACUGCAGUCG